AUGGCAUCUAAUUCUUGGUGGUCCUCGGGUUAUUCGGACGAAGAGGAGAUGAUUUUCGCAAACACUGUGGUAAAGGCGGCGCAGAUUCUUAUGGAGGAGGAUGAGGAAGAGGAAGACGACUCGUCUGAAAGCGUUAUUACCAGACAAAUACGGGUUAACAGAGACCGCGAAGCGCACGAGAAAUUGGUGAACGAUUAUUUUUCGGAUGUACCCCUUUACAAUGCCGACAUUUUCAGACGAAGGUUCCGAAUGAGUCGCCAAUUAUUCACACGGAUUGCUGAUGAUUUGGCGGAGGUAGACCCAUUUUUCACGCAACGACCCGAUGCUCGGAAUUAUGAAGGGUUCACCAUGUUACAAAAGUGUACUGCGGCCAUUCGCCAACUGGCGUAUGGGACAGUGGCCGACGCUUUGGACGAGUACUCACAGAUGUCGGCAAGAACUACGCGGGAAUGUUUGUAUCGGUUUUGCCAUAAUGUGGUGAAACUGUAUAGCAAAAAAUAUUUGCGGAAACCAAACGCGUAUGAUGUUCAACAGUUGUACCAAGCUCAUGAAGCAUGGCACGGGUUUCCGGGAAUGCUUGGUAGCAUUGAUUGUAUGCAUUGGGCGUGGCAUAACUGCCCGACUGCGUGGCGCGGCCAAUACACGCGAGGUUCACUCAACGACCUCAACGUGUUAUACCAAUCGGCGAUCUUUAGCGAUGUCGUUAAUGGCACCGGUCCGGACACCCGUUUUACAGUUUCUGGGGUUGAGUAUAGACGCGGAUAUUAUCUUGCUGACAGAAUAUAUCCGUCUUGGGCCAUCAUUCAACAACCGGCACGUGCGUUCACACCGAAGAGGUUGCGCCUUUGUAUGUAUGCUUGCCUUUUGCUCCAUAACAUGAUUAUUGAAGACAAAGGUCGGACGAUUUGUGAGUAUGAUGAGAAUGCAUCUUACGGGAAUACUGUCCCGGUAGAGCCGACGCAACAGGAUUUAAACUCGUUCGUGCUAACCAACGACUACACGCAUGCAAACCUUCAACAAGAUUUGGUAGAACAUAUAUGGAACAACGCAAACGACGUGGACGGUGACGAAGAUGAAGACGAAGACGAAGACGAGUAG